AAUGGGGCGAAAACAUUACGAUUUGAUUGCGUUUCCCUAGGUAUAAUCGAUCGUCAAAUACUUUAGUAACUGUUUUCUGUUUGCUUCGCAGCCGUUGAAUAUUCAUCAUGAAUUUAAUCCACCGUCUAAUUACAUUUGUGGUUCUACAACAGAAUGUGUCGCCGAACAUUCCGAAUUUCAGUUAAGACCUAACACUUUUCACGGCCAUCAGAAUUUUUGAAUUUCUUCAAUCAUAAUGAAUACGUUAACUGGAGAUAAUUCACGUCGACGAAUUGCAGCAUUGUCAUUUUUAACUAAUAUAUCAUUGGAUGGUACUCACAAAGACACUAACAAAUUACUUUUCAUCAAUAAUAUGUAUCAACAUCAAAAAUCUCAAGUUGAGUUUCCAUCACUGCCUGACAUAGGUACAACAAAUGAUGAAAAUACAUUCAGUGAAAGUGAUAUUAUCCUAGACCAUAUGAAUACUGAAUUUCAUGGUACUGUCAGGUUGAUAAAAACACAGUCUUUAACAUCCACACCAAUUAAAGCAAAUAUGAGUGAUAAACAUUGUGUUGAUAAAUUUUUUGAUUUGGAUUCUGAUAAGAAUUCUGAAGGCAUACCAUUUCGUGAAAGACUUAAUACAACUGGCAGUGAUGUGACAAUGGAAACAAAAAAAUUAGCAGCCUACUAUCGUAAACGGAUGAUUCCUCCAUUAUUAUCUGAAAGUAACACGAAUCUCAGCAGCUCUGAAAGUCUUGGUUUAGUUGCAGCUCUGUAUAAAAAUAGCUCACUGCUUCAAGAAAAUAGCUCAUCAAAUCAGUCUAUGGAUAUUAGAGUUGUACGUCCAACGAUACAGCAUCGAUUCAAAAAUGAACGUUUAGUAUUAGUGACUCCUCAGAAAACUCCAUUUCUUGUUUAUUCAUUAAUACCAUUCAAAAGAUCUAACAGAUCAAUAAUAGUAAAAUGUGAACAAAAGAAAGAACCAAAUCGUAGAAGACAAACUUCUGGAACUCGACCUUUAUCUGCUGUUAAUGAUAUAAUUGAUGCAUUUGAUCUAUUUGGAUUAGAAAAAGGCAAAGAUGGGCAGGAAAUAUCUUAUAAUCAUUUAUUGGUUCCUUCGAGAAUCGCUGAACCUAAGGGGCCAAUUGAAGAUAUGAUGUUAGAUACAGCGCAACCAAAACCACAUACUUUGAGCCGAUGUAUUUCAGCUGAUGUUCCUGAUAGUUUAGUUAUUGGUUCUGGUACAUACAAGAUGUGCACUGUUCAGCCAGCAUCAUCACCUCCAAAAACUGAUUUAACCAAAGUCAUUGUGAGUGAUGAAGAUGAAAAUGGAACCACAUUAUUUUCUCCUAACAUGCUUGAUGACCCAGAAUUUUUUGCUGGUAAACACAGAACACUUCUUACAUUUAUGUCAUAUAUGACAUCAAUUAUUGAUUAUGUGCGUCCAGACGAUCUUAAAAAAGAAUUAAAUGAUAAAUUUCAUGAUAAAUUUCCACAUAUUGAUCUUACGUUAAGUAAGCUAAGAAGUAUAAAACGAGAAAUGCGUAAAAUUACUAAACCUGAUCCAUCAGACAUACUAACUAUUGCUCAAGCUUAUGUAUUUUUUGAACGAUUAUUAGUUAAAAGUUUGAUUAAUAAAGAAAAUCGUAAAUUAUGUGCUGGAGCAUGUAUUAUUUUGUCUGCAAAAUUAAAUGACAUGAAGGGUGAAUCUUUAACUAAUCUUAUCGAGAGAACAGAAAUAGUAUUCAGAUUGAACAGAAAAGAUUUAAUGGUAUCUGAGUUUGGAGUAUUAGUCGCUUUAGAGUUCGGUCUUCAUAUUCCUAUUCAUGAAAUAAUGCCUCAUUAUCAGCGACUGUUAUCUGAGUCAUGACACAAAUAUUUGCCUCUAGCAGCUUUAGACUUGAGAGAAAUAGUUGAGCGUUUUAGAAGAGAUAAAAUUAAUUGUGUUUAAUUAAAUGCUUUAUUUGCAAUAUUUAUAGUACUGUGUGGUUGAAAUUAUUUUGUGAUUAAUAGCCAUGUGCGAUUUGAAAUCUGUUACCAGAAAUGUAUUUUAAUGUUGUUUAUUCAUAUGUUACAAGUAUUAUUAU